CGUCCAUACUUGUGCACGAUUGUCAUGUUGGCCUGACGUUGUGAGGACAUGUGGUCCUCGCAAGGAUAGCAAGACAAACAUACACACACGCGCGCGCACAGUCAAACAGCUCAGCGCGCGCGCGAGGCUUUUAAACUCGGCUUUUCGCGAGUCUGAAGUGCGUUUAGUGUGAUUUUAAUGAAGAAAGGUAGAGCUGUACGGUGAGAGAGAGAGAGAGAGGGAGAGGGAGAUACAGAGAGAGAGAGAGAGAGUGAGAGAGAGAGAAAGCUCAGCUUUGUGGACGGCGCGCGGAGGCUGCGAGGUGCUAAAACUGAGGUGAAGUGUUUCUCACACUGAGCGCCGCUCGGUUUAACGGAGAGAGGCUAUUCCGGAGAUUACGGACUCUAAUGGAGUGACAAAGUGACACAGAGAAGGAGAGAAAACCCGGAGAGAAGAGGAGAGAAGAACCGCAGGAGAAAAGAGAAGAAAAGCAGAGGGGAAAAGAAGAGCUAAACAGAAAAGGAGAGCUGAGGAGAAGAAGAGAAGCUGAGGGGGAAAGGAGAGCUGAGGAAGAGAAGAAGAAGAAAAGAAGUAAAGAACAGAGGUGAAGAGGACAGAAGAAAGGAGAAGCGUUCUGGAGAAAAGCUGAAAAGUCACCUGCGUGUCCUGGACAGAUCGAGGACCUCUUCUGCCCCCCUCAGAGCGCAUUAGUGAGAGUGUGUGUGAGCUGUAGCCCCAUCUGAACCGGCCCGAUGAUCCGGCCCGGCUGCAGUCCCCCCGUGCUCUGAGCUUCAGAUGGACUGUGUGCGCUCAGCCCUGAGCACUAAAAUGCAUUGGGUCACUCUGCUGCUGGCCGGCGUCACUUUCUGGGGCAGAGUGUCCGUGAACAGCUGCUUAGACUACGAAGACACGUACGACUAUUAUGAAGAGGAGAAAACGGACUCUAUAGACUACAAAGAUCCCUGCAAGGCUGCGGUCUUUUGGGGAGAUAUUGCCUUGGACGAGGAGGAUCUGAAGAUGUUUCAGGUCGACAGGACGAUAGACCUCGCGCAACAAACACACAUGAGGCAAGGACACACGUCAGGUGGAUUAGGAGAGCAUGACGCCACUAGAAAGCGAAGCUCAUUAUACCUCCUGCUAGACAGAAUACAGCGAUUGGGGCUUGAUUCGUGGUCUAAGAACUCCAGUAAGGAGGAGAGUUUGCAGGCUGGCCCACGGAGUGGGGGCACUGGGGUUAGAGGGAGAGGGGCUAGAGGGAGUAAAUCUCGAGUCCCACGGGCUGCUACUUCCAGAGCAGAACGAAUCUGGCCUGGGGGAGUCAUCCCCUACGUUAUAGGAGGCAACUUCACUGGCAGUCAGAGGGCGAUGUUUAAGCAGGCUAUGAGACACUGGGAGAAACAGACAUGUGUGACCUUCAUCGAGAAAACUGAUGAAGAGAGCUACAUCGUCUUCACCUACCGACCCUGCGGGUGCUGUUCCUAUGUGGGUCGCCGUGGGAACGGGCCUCAGGCAAUCUCCAUCGGUAAAAACUGUGACAAGUUUGGCAUAGUGGUUCACGAGCUGGGUCAUGUGAUUGGAUUCUGGCACGAGCACACACGGCCCGACCGGGACGAUCAUGUGACCAUCAACAGAGAAAACAUCCAGCCAGGUCAGGAGUAUAACUUCCUCAAGAUGGAGCCCGGAGAGGUGAACUCUCUUGGAGAGCCGUAUGACUUUGACAGCAUCAUGCAUUACGCCAGAAAUACCUUCUCCAGGGGAAUGUUUUUGGACACUAUCCUCCCCUCUCGUGAUGAGAACGGUGUACGGCCUGCUAUUGGCCAGAGAACAAGGCUCAGUAAAGGGGACAUUUCUCAGGCCAAAAAGCUCUACAGAUGCCCAGCAUGUGGUGAGACAUUGCAGGACUCAAUGGGGAACUUUUCAUCUCCUGGUUACCCAAACGGAUACCCUUCAUACACACACUGCGUCUGGAGGAUCUCCGUCACACCUGGGGAGAAGAUAGUGCUCAACUUCACCACGAUGGACCUGUACAAGAGCAGCCUGUGCUGGUACGACUACAUCGAGGUGCGGGAUGGAUACUGGAGGAAAGCUCCUUUGCUAGGCCGUUUUUGUGGUGAUAAGGUUCCAGAAAUGCUGAUCUCCACUGAGAGUCGGAUGUGGAUUGAGUUCCGCAGCAGCAGUAACUGGGUGGGAAAGGGCUUCGCUGCCGUUUAUGAAGCAAUUUGUGGAGGUGACAUCACUAAGGAUUCGGGCCAGAUUCAGUCUCCGAACUACCCUGACGACUACAGGCCGUCGAAGGAGUGCGUGUGGAGGAUCACUGUGUCUGAGGGCUACAACGUGGGCCUCAGCUUUCAGGCCUUCGAGAUCGAGAGGCAUGACAGCUGUGCUUACGACUACCUGGAGGUGCGUGAUGGCCUAUCUGAGAGCAGCCCUCUGAUUGGUCGAUUCUGCGGCUAUGACAAACCUGAGGACAUUCGCUCCACUUCCAACACACUUUGGAUGAAAUUCGUCUCAGAUGGAACUGUCAAUAAAGCCGGCUUCGCUGCCAACUUCUUUAAAGAGGAGGAUGAGUGUGUGAAGCCAGAUAAUGGAGGCUGUGAGCAGAGGUGUGUGAACACAUUGGGAAGCUUCAAGUGCGCAUGUGAUCCUGGAUAUGAACUGGCCCCGGACAAAAAAAGUUGUGAAGCUGCAUGUGGAGGUUUACUGUCUAAGCUGAAUGGGACGAUUACUACCCCAGGCUGGCCUAAAGAAUACCCUCCCAAUAAGAACUGUGUGUGGCAGGUGGUUGCCCCCACACAGUACCGCAUAUCCAUGCAGUUUGAAGCCUUCGAGCUGGAGGGGAACGAGGUGUGUAAGUACGACUUCGUGGAAGUGCGGAGCGGCUUGUCGUCGGACUCUAAGCUUCAUGGGAAAUAUUGUGGCACGGAGGUGCCUGAGGUCAUCACUUCCCAGUACAACAACAUGCGCAUCGAGUUCAAGUCAGACAACACCGUCUCCAAGAAAGGCUUCAAAGCUCACUUCUUUUCCGAUAAGGACGAGUGUUCUAAGGAUAACGGAGGAUGCCAGCAUGAGUGCAUCAACACCAUCGGCAGCUACGUGUGUCAGUGCCGCAACGGCUUUGUUCUGCAUGAGAACAAACAUGACUGCAAAGAAGCUGAGUGUGAGCACACAAUCCACAGCCCCAGCGGCACCAUCAGCAGCCCCAACUGGCCCGAUAAAUACCCCAGCAGGAAGGAAUGCACGUGGGACAUCACCGCUACGCCGGGUCACCGGGUCAAAAUUACAUUUAGUGAAUUCGAGAUCGAGCAGCAUCAGGAGUGUGCGUAUGAUCACCUGGAGGCCUUUGACGGUGACUCAGAUAAAGCGGCCAUUCUGAGCCGCCUUUGUGGCAGCAAGAUCCCGGAACCCCUCGUCUCCACUGGCAACAAGAUGUACCUUCGCUUUAUCUCUGAUGCCUCAGUGCAGCGCAAGGGCUUCCAGGCUACACACUCCACAGAGUGUGGAGGGAGGCUGAAAGCAGAGGCCAGGCAAAAGAACCUGUACUCUCAUGCCCAGUUUGGGGACAAUAACUACCCAGGACACACGGACUGCGAGUGGCUGAUCACGGCGGAGGCUGGUUACAGCAUCGAGCUGACCUUCACCACCUUUGAAGUAGAGGAAGAGGCCGACUGUGGCUACGACUACAUCGAGCUCUAUGAUGGCCAUGACACUUCAGCCCACAGACUUGGACGCUUCUGCGGCUCGGGGCCUCGUGAGGAGCUAUAUUCAGCUGGCGACGCUGUAUUGAUUCGUUUCCACAGUGACGACACCAUCAGCAAGAAAGGCUUCCACAUCCGCUACACCAGCACCAAGUUUCAGGAGGCGUUACAUAUGCACAAGUAAUGCUGUCACACGCACUCGCAUGCAAUCCCCCUGAAAGAAGGGGAACGCUGACAGAAGGACAGGAAAAAAAUGUCACCAAAGGAGAAGUCAAAUUCCCACACAUCAAUGAAUAACGUCAAGAGUAACGUCAGUCAAAGACUUUGCCACGUUUUCCUGCACUGGAUUUUUACCUCCUUGCAUUAUUACACGUCCAGCCACUUCUGAGACUGCUGUCCAUCAGACUCAAAGCUCCAAACAGAUUCCCUGAAACUCGGGGCAACUCCACCCAUUUUGCCACAGAGACGCUUGAUUGGACCGAGGUGGUCAUGCUGCUCUCUGAUUGGGCCAGUGCUGCAAACUCAUCCAUAUAUACUAUAAUAUCCACCUCCA